AUGGAGUUCUUUUUUUACUAUGUUUUAAAAAGAUUACUUAGGUUUUAUAAAAACUAUAAAACCACCAACAAAAAUAUAUAAUUAACCAAUAUCUCUAGAAUUAGAUCUAUCGAUUAUUAAGAAUAUAUAAAAAUAAGUAUUUUAUAACAAAAUUAAUAUGGAGUUGUAUCCAUAUCAAACUCCAUACUACCUAAAAAUAAAUCAGAUUUUUAUAUUAUAUCGAUAUGGAAUGCUACCUAAAGAGAUGGCAAACAUAGGUUAUUUGGAUAAGUUUAAGAGGGUUUUGAAAUUCUAUAAUAAAUAAAUAGAAUUCAUAUAGAUGAUGUAGGCAAACCAUUUUUUAAUAUUAGAAUAAAGGAUACUUAUAGUAUCGAUGAAGCUUUUGAAGAUUCACCUAAAAUCAUCAAGAUCUCCAUUUUCUAAUAUAGAAAAUCUUAAUUAAAAAAAAGAAGAAUAUUUAUUUUUUAAACUAAAUAAAAUAAGGUAGCCACUACAUAGAAAAUUUAGGAGAUAUACCUAUUUCAUAAUGAUAUCUAUCAUAUUGUCAAUUUAUAAUUGUCUUUAUUAAAAAAAGCUAAAAAAAUGAAUUGA